GCCGCAGCGGCACAGCCGCUUACCAGAGGAGGGGGUGGCACGGUCGGACAGGAAUGGACCGCACAGGGCCAGGGCUACCAUACAAGGCCGAAAUAGCUCGGUCUUUAGAUAAAUGAUAAUAAUACCGUGUAGAGGAAAAGUUUCCGUGUGAAACCGAGGCGAGUAUUUACAUAGGCCGGACCCCCUCCCUCCCUCCUCCCUCGCUAUUAUGCUUUAGCCCCGCAGCCUAUUCACGCACGUCCAUCUGCCGACAAGACCUCGCAUUUGAAUCGGUGCCUCAUUUAAUUUUUCUCCAUUUUUGCGUCAUUUAGUGUCUAGUGCGCCCCGGCCGGGCCGGUUUCAUCCCGGUGCGCGUCCCCGCCGCGUCCCCGCUGCUGCGUCCCCGCUGCGCCCCGGUCAGCUGCUGCGCGUCAGCGCGACAUGCAGGAUGAGCCUGCGGGGGUGACAGCCGCGCAGUUACCGCUGUCAGCCGAGGGAGAGGACCGCUGCGGCGGCAGCAGCACGAUCCGAGCCCCCGGCCCGGACUACAGCCGUCGCAACCCGCACGCAGCAGCCUUGUUCCCGGCGCGCUCCGCCCGUGACCUUCAGCAGCACGGCCAUAGACAGGCGCAUCCGCAGAUGGAGCCCCCCGCCGCCCACCACCACCUCAAUAACGGCACCGGUGGAAGCAUGCUGUCCGCCUUCCCCAGCAGCCUCCCCGCCCAGGACAUGCAGGGCUCCGGCGGGGGCUCGUCCUCCUCCCCUCCCCUGCCCGGGUUCGGCCCCCCCUGGUCCGUGCAGACCAGCUCCUCUCCCCCCCCGCCCGGCUCCGUGAACCCCGUCCACGCGCACGCCGUUAAUCAGAUGCCUAGCGCGGACUCCGACAGCAGCUUCUACCCUGCAGCAGGUAUCCCCUCAUCCAUCAACCCGGCCUUCUUCCACAGUUUUUCGCCGGUGUCCGCUAACCCGUGCGCCGGGAUGAAUGUGCAGGGCUUCAGCGGUCCUUUCUCGCCUCAGAUAAAUGUCCCCCAGCAGCAGCCGCAGAGCCGCAGGUCCCCCGUCAGUCCCCAGAUGCACCCGCAGCAGGGCGCCUUCCUGCAGCAGAGGAACAAUUACAACCAACACCAGCCUAUGGUGAAGCCGUCACCAUGGGGCAGCCAUCAGGGGAACGGCUGGGGCUCCGCCGGGAUGUCUUGGGGCAGGGACCACCGCAGAGGGAGUGGCAUGAGUGUACCUGGUUCAGUCAGUCACGUCUCGCCGCUGAAGAAGCCUUUUUCUAGCAACGUCAUCGCUCCACCCAAGUUCCCACGCUCCGGAGGAUCACUGGGGCCUAAGUCCUGGCUGGAGGAGAACAUGUUCCGCACAGACAGCAACAGCAACUCUUUAUUGCCCCUGCAGGAUCGCUCCAGAAUGUACGACAGUCUGAACAUGCAUUCCUUGGAGAGCUCUCUGAUUGACAUCAUGCGAGCUGAGCAAGAUCCCAUGAAAGGCCGUGUGGGAUGCCCUAACCCCGGGGCCGACGGCCUUCUCAUGCUCAACGCCAGGGGCUAUGGGAGACGUCGAGGUCGCUCCUCCCUCUUCCCUAUCGAUGACAAUCUUCUUGAUGAUGGCCAUGGCAACCAGGGUGUCCCCGGAGUCCUUGGCUCCCCGAACUGUUACCCCCACCAAAACGGGGAGCGCAUUGAGCGCUUCUCCCGUAAGGUGUUUGUGGGAGGUUUGCCUCCUGACAUAGAUGAAGAUGAAAUAACCUCAAGCUUCCGUCGAUUUGGUCACCUGGUGGUGGACUGGCCGCACAAAGCAGAGAGCAAAUCAUACUUUCCACCUAAAGGAUAUGCGUUCCUGCUGUUCCAGGAGGAGAGCUCUGUCCAGGCUCUGAUUGAGGCUUGCAUGGAGGAGGAUGGGAAGCUCUACCUGUGUGUUUCCAGCCCCACCAUCAAAGACAAACCUGUGCAAAUUAGGCCUUGGAACCUGAGCGACAGUGAUUUUGUGAUGGACGGAUCUCAGCCCCUUGACCCCCGCAAGACCAUCUUUGUGGGAGGAGUCCCUCGUCCCCUGAGGGCCAUUGAGCUGGCCAUGAUUAUGGACCGCCUCUAUGGUGGAGUGUGCUACGCAGGAAUUGACACAGAUCCGGAGCUGAAGUACCCCAAAGGGGCUGGAAGAGUGGCCUUCUCCAAUCAGCAGAGCUACAUCGCUGCCAUCAGCGCCAGAUUUGUCCAGCUGCAGCAUGGUGACAUUGAUAAGAGGGUGGAGGUGAAGCCCUACGUCCUGGACGAUCAGCUCUGUGACGAGUGCCAGGGCGCGCGCUGCGGAGGGAAGUUUGCUCCCUUUUUCUGUGCUAACGUCACCUGUCUUCAGUACUACUGCGAGUUCUGCUGGGCCAACAUCCACUCCCGCGCAGGACGAGAGUUUCACAAGCCCCUGGUCAAAGAAGGCGCUGACCGCCCUCGCCAGAUUCACUUCCGAUGGAACUAGAGAUGCGCCACCUCUUCUGGGAUGACAUAGUAAGAGGAAAGGGAAAUGAAACACUGGCUAAAAGGAAAACGAGCAUCAUUCUGCCUCUCCUGCUUACCUAAGCUAUCAGUAUAAUCAAGUGCGUAACACUAUACAGUAUAUACUAUAUAUAGCUAUCUAUCUUUUGUAGCAGCCAAACACCACAAGCCUCAGUUUUUCACCAAAACCCCCCUCACAUCUCAGGCUCUGACAACUCUACAACUCUUUUGUGGUACUUUCAUCUUUUCUAAGAAGAGAUUUAAAAAAAAGAGAUUGAUUUUUGUAGCUUUUUUUAUUCUUAUUAUUUUUGUAUGUGAGAUUUAAAGUAGAUACGGGAAUGUUUUUGCAUGGGGGCAGCUCGUCUGUCUGUCUGCUGCUAGCAAACCACACGGUGCGUUCAGUGCACACUUGUUUCUGGGAAAACCUCGAUUCUCUAACGUCAACACUUGCCGCAGGUCAUUAACCAAAGGUAGCAAAACCAUAGGAAAAUUGACACGUUGUCUGCCGCGAAACAAACCUUGUCUUUUAACGUUGCCAUGGGCUCUUACUUCUUGUUAGAGAGUUUAUUAAAGAAAAAGAUAAUAAGGUUAUUUUUUUGCGCUCAUAUUGACCUGUAGAGUGAUACCUCAAAAUACAAAAAUCUGGUUUCUGCUAACUAUAUUCAACAUUUAUACUUAACAAGCUAUUUUCAAAGCUUUGCUGCUAUAUAUACAUAUAUAUGAAUAGAUAUGUAGGUAUUAUAUUUAAUGCCAUUUAUAAACCCAAAUAAUGUAAAAUCAAUUGCAGUAUGCGCUCAACCACUUAUGGUCCCCAUUGCCAUGGAAAGAGUUAGAGUGCAUGUAGUGACAAUAGACUUAGGUGCACAAACAGCAUGCAGGAUAGAUGUGAGGAAAGGAAAACAUACAGUAUAACAAAAAAAUAAAGCAAACCACUUAUAUAAAGCCGAGACAAAAAUUCUAUAGAGAGUCGCAUGAUCAUCAAUUACAGAUGUCUGAGAGGGGAAAAAAAAUCAGAUGAAGCAAAAUGAGUAAAAAAGAAACGUACGUAAACUUGCAUGCAUUGAUGUUUCUCUGUCGUUUGAUCCGUUUACACACUAUCAAUACAAAAAGUGAUGUUGAUUCUACCGUAGAUUUAGUGGACGCCAUCAUUUGGUGACAUGGUGGCUUGUAUAGCAACAAAAAAAAUCAAAAACAACAAAAAAAAACAGUAGAAAAGCAGAGUGGUGUUCAGUGGUUUGUGUUUCUGUUGUCCAUGUGCUGUGUGACUGUUAGCGUAGACUGAGGCUCUAGUUUAGUUACCAACAGUUAACAUAGUAGAGAAUCUAACGACAUGCCUUCACCCUUCCUACCCCGUGUCUUUGUUCCAAAGUCGAUCUGAUGCCACGUCGCUCUGGCAGAUCAGAUGCACACACAAGAGUUUUUCAGUUUGAAAGACUUAAUGACAAGCACCCUCACUUCAUUAAACUGCUCGCUUUGGGAGGAUCGGUCACGCUCUCGCGUUGUGUGACGACAGCUCCGUAAAUCCAAGGAAAGCUCUGGCCCAGUUGCUGGAUGAUGAAGCAUCUAAGCAUCUUCCUCACCACACUUUUACAGUGAGGAGGACAACACGUGGUCUCGUGGUGUACUAAAGAUGAAGCUCUCUUUGUUUAUAUACGAUUUGUUUGAUUUCCACCGCGACCUUUGAAAGACUCUUUAAAAAAAAAACUAUGUAGGGACAAUCGUUGUGUGAGGAUGGCGGCCUAGCCGUCUGUUCGGUACUGUAAGUGUGUCGCUAUCGUGUCGUCGUGCUUGUAGUGCUCCCUGCCCCUCUGUGUGCUCCGCAGUAUCAGUGUUAAAACGUCAAUUGUGUACUGUUACAAAACCUUAAUGGGAAGGAAACUCAAAAGCUUAAUUUCUUGUAGUCGGGUCGUAUAAUUUAAACUGUUUGUGUCGACUACUUCCCCUUCAGUGGCCCUUCGGUGUGUUUUUUGAUAAUACAUAAUAUGCACUACUUUUCUAUACCCCCUGCUAACUUUUCCUUCUUUUCAACCCCUUCAGUGAUUUCCAUGCGGUUGUGAGCCCCACCUAUAUAUAAUUGUGUAGAUGAUUUAUUAAAUUUUAUUUUUUCAUGAUUACUUAUUUAAGAUGUAGCGUGAAGCGGUGGUCUUAAGUUAUCUGUGAUCCGUGUGGGUAGAGCAAGAAUCCAGUGUUUUCUAAUAUAUUCUAAUGUCAUCCGGCUGUUGCGAGGACCGGGAGCAUCGCUGGCUGCGACUUGAGAAGAAAACUAAAUCUCCCGCUGCUCUCUCCUUACCCCCCCCGCCUCCCCACUCCCCGUGGCUUUAGUUCUCACGGCGUCUGAUGAUGUUUGAAUCUUUGUCACCUGUAACACUUGACUCGUGCUGUUUUUGUGAGGUUCUAUUUUCUAUGUUAAACACUGUUACUUUGUUCUGUAUGUGUCCUUGUUUUUUGUAAAACUCAUAUUUAUUUCACUAUUUUUAUAGAAAAAAAAAAUUAUUUGAUUUUAAUUGUAUUUUUCUAUUUAAAAAUGACUGAUAUUAGAAUUUAUUUCCCCCCUAAUUAUGUCCAAAAGUUCUGUUCCAAGAGUAAGAAUCACGCCAUUAUUAACAUCAUCAAAGUUUUUAAUACACUGUUGAUUCUUAUUUUGAUGCACAUGACACGUUUCAUUUGAAGGAAGGAAACAUGAAGGUUUUAUUUUAUUCUGGGAAGACACUUGAGAUUCUCCCCUGUUGCAUCGAGGCGCCAGCUGCCUGUCCUCAUAGAUGCUCUGAAACUUGAAUAUAACACAUUUUGAAAGGCUGACUAACCUCGAAUCUGUGUUGUGAUGUGCAAUACUGUUUCUAAUGUUUGUAUAAAAGUUAACAACUACAGUGUAAACCUUUUUAAUGCAGAUUUAUUUUUUUCAUUGCAUAUUUUGCAGAUUUCUGAUCCACAGUGUCAUUUUUUACUGUCAGAAAAAGAAACCCCGUUUUUUCAUUGCAAGUAUUUUUAAAUCCAGAUAUCUUUGUACUGAUGUAAAUGAUUGUAGUUAUUUUGGAUAGUGUUUUGCUAACAAAAGGUGAGACUUUUUCAUGCAUAUUUCUAUUUCCUUUCAUGUUGUUUUAUCCCACAUUUUUAUUUCAUUUAAUAUUAGCAAAAUUCUUGGAAUAUUUUUUUCACAUUUAAAGGUCAUUGGUAUUAUUUUAUACUUUUAUGUGGAAACACACAAAAUAUAAUUUAAGAUGCUAAUUGCUAAGAUAUUAUUUUGAGUUUUAUUAUUUCUAAAGCUAAAUAUUUGUAAUUUUAUUGUUAAAGUGACUAAUUUCUAAAUCAAGAGUUUGUUUAUAGAUUCACAGAA